CACAUGCACAUGCUCUGAGAGCUUAUUAGUAUUCAAGAUAUAGCUUUUCACAAGCUGCUGGAUGUCUGGUACAGCAGAGAGGAGAGGAGAGAGAGAGAGAGAGAGAGAGAGAGAGAGUAAAGAGAAAUAGGGGAUGUUUCACAGCUGGUUGUGACAGAACAAAACAAAAAUAGAAAAGCCAGGGAAGGCUGGUAAUGCAAAGACAGUGUCUUCACUAUUAAAGCUCCUUUGACACUCAUUGGAGUUUCUGUUUGCGUGUCCAGCAAUGGCCAACUGACCCUGGUUCUGGCGUGAGAGGGGAAGGAAACACAGUCAUCCCGGAGGAUAGUCAACAUAGGAUUCUGCACCCAGCCAUGGAGUGAAAGGGAAGUUUAUUGUUGGAUAUUUUGUUUCACCCUGCAUUCAACAGGAGAUUUAGCAGGUGUGCAGUGCACUCCUCUUCCUGUCCCCUCAACCUCCUGAUCCAAACUAUCAACCAACACCAUACGUUGUGCAAAGUGCCAGAGAGGAUUCACACGGCACAGAGCCCAGCCACCUCCGAACAAACACAAAAAUGUACAACGGGGCCACGGGUAAAGCGGCGAGGAACGUGCUACGGAGCUCGAGUAUAAGCGGGGAGAUGUACGACGUGGAAAAGAGCAGCAGCAGUGGGCAGGAGCCGGUGACAGACACAGCCAUUAAGAAGAGGCGGUCCAGUCUCGGUGCCAAGAUGGUGGCCAUCGUUGGACUGUCACAGUGGAGCAAAAGUACAACUCAGCUCAACCAGACCACUCCUAAGAAUAUCUCAGCCGUCCUGUGCCAAGGGAUCGUAGGACAUUGGCUGGCACCCAUGAUUUCUCCACGCGAGGCAGCAACAAAGAAAUUACGAAGCAACAUCCGGAGAAGCACGGAGACAGGGAUAGCUGUGGAAAUGCGAAACCGGGUGACUCGGCAGGGCAGCAGAGAGUCAACAGACGGCAGUACCAACAGCAACAGCUCAGAUGGCAAUUUGGUUUUCCCAACGGCGAGAUUGGGAGCAGAUGGGCAGUUCAGUGAUUUUCUGGACGGCAUCGGUCCAGCUCAGCUUGUGGGGCGGCAGACAUUGGCAGCCCCUUCCAUGGGUGAUAUCCACAUUGGCAUGGCUGAUCGGAGUGGGCAGCUGGAGGUGGAAAUUAUCCAAGCUCGAGGACUGACUCCAAAGCCUGGCACAAAAGCCUUGCCAGUGCCGUAUAUUAAAGUGUAUCUCCUGGAGAACGGUGUGUGUGUUGCGAAGAGAAAAACCAAAUUAUCAAAGAAGACUCUGGACCCAGUUUACCAGCAGGCGUUGCUGUUCGAUGAGGGUCCCCAAGGAAGGGUGCUCCAGGUCAUAGUGUGGGGAGAUUAUGGUCGGAUGGACCACAAAUAUUUCAUGGGAAUGGCCCAGAUCCUACUGGAGGAGCUCGACCUGUCCACACUAGUUACAGGGUGGUACAAACUCUUCCCGACUUCAUCUCUCGUGGAUUCGACAGUGGCGCCCAUCACUCGUCGACUCAGCCAGUCCUCGCUGGACAGCAGCACAGGUCCAGCCGGCCAUUAAGGGACAGGACAAGAAAACGUGCAUAUCAUCAGAAUGCCAAGGGGUGGCUGUAAAUACUGUAUGUGCAAUUCCACCAACUGCAGCUAAUGGUAGUAUCUGUUAUUUAUUUUUUUUUCGUUGACCUUGGAAGUAUAAGUAAUCUCUGCAAACUGUGCAUUCAUUUUACAUAUUUGGGUAAUUUGCUUUCAUAUGUAUAAGGGAUAACGUGCAAUAGAGGGAGAACCUUUCACCACAGUUCAAGGACAAACCUUCCUUUGCCUGAGAGCAAUGCACACAGAACGGGAGGAACUUGGCAACGGUUAGAAGGAUGGCCAAGGGAAGCCAGGAGAUUCAGGCCGACAGCACAAUCCCAGUAGAUUGAUGAGUGGAUGUCGUCACCUAUUCUUUCCUCACUGCUGUCAUGUUUUCUCACCGAGUUACAACCUCCUCGUGGUCACGGAGCCCUAACCAGAGGAAAAAGAAACGUCCUUCAGCUCUUCUCAUCGGGCUAUUGUGCAUUGCUUCAGUUUAAUGCAUUUGGAAUGUUUUUGUAAAGGUUCUCUCUCCGAGGUGGUGGAAGAUGUCAGCAUUUAGGCCACAUGGAGAGUAUGCUGACCCUUCUUACCACAAUAUUCCUCCUUGAACCCCGCAUCGUUUGAAGGAACAACCCCAUGAUCCCACCUAUGCCUUACCAAGUGUCUUUGAGCAUGAGUACCCUCCUAUCGAAUGAGGUUUGAGAAGGCAUGCUGAAUACUUCUACAACCUUUGCAUAGAUAACCUAUCCUGCAGCACCCUGAACCUUGGUAGACAGCUAUAUUUCACCCUUCUACACUUCCUGCAGGAAGGCACAAGGCACACUGCUUAUUCCAUGCACUGAAAUCUCCGUGAAGCGAGUGUUGGCUGGACUGAGGCCACCUGCAUAGUCCAAGCCAACCCAGAAUCUCUUCUAUAUAACACAUUCCUUCACCUAUCCAUCUUACCGCAUCCUAGAAAAUACAGAACAAUGGACAUCUGCAUGCUUUUACCAUCUUAAAACUCUGUUGACUUCAAAAGAAUACAUGCUGUAAUAGUUCUGGGAAUAUGGAACUCUGACCAAUGAAUUCUGGCAACAGGCAGCAAAGGAAUCAGAAGGGCUACUGUUUUAUUUUUCUUCAAUGAGCUGCACUGUGGGCCUGAGAUCCAGAAAAUCUCCCAAACUGUCAGUCAAACGUGGGAAUAUUACGUAGCGCUGUCUGUUCAAGAGAUACUGAAACCAGCCUUGUUUUAAGAAAUGUCGAAGGUCGAAGAGAGAGAAGAUACCUCUCCGACUGUAGAUCCGGCCUAGCCACACAGGCCAUCUCAGUCAGCAUGGUACGAAGCCAAAGGAUGUACCAUUCUAAUCACGGAUGAUCCAAAAGGAAAACAGGCAUGGAGCCAUUCUCGCCCAGAGAAAGAAGUAAAACUUUACCUUAGACGAUUGUUACAAAGAUUCGACAGCAAUCUUAGAUUUCUCAUUCAUGAUAAUGACACCAGGUUGGAGGUCUGGGACCCAACGUUGGAACAUACCACAGGCAGAGGAUUUCACAGUACCUUAGAUGAGAAGUUAGACAUUUCACGUCACCCAUUGUCUUUCAGAAAGGUAUGGGCCUAGAUGUGGCCAAUGGCUGUUGACCUUCACCAUCUGAAGACCUUAAAUGAGCAAGGACAAAUAACGACUAAUGGUGGAUUUCUGAGGAUUGCGAUAAAAAGCGAAAGGCAAUUGGGCUUCAUUAAUCCACCAAUAAUAAUAAAAGGAAAAGGGCAGAAUCUCUCAAAGGUAAGCACUUUAUGGUUUUGUAGCUACUCACAUUAGCCUUCUGUGUGAAUCCAUGAAGAACUUGAAGGGCAUCACAGAUGAGGAACCUAUCGAUCUAAAGAUCUAUAGUUCCCAUCCUCCAUCUUUACUUUCAGGAUUCCAUGGACCCAGAGGCUUGAUAGUGGGCUGAUUGUUAAGGAAUGAUUAAAUGUGAUAUUUUGUGUAAUUCUGGCAAAAAUGUAGCACUGUCACUCAUGUAGCUGUGAUCUUACUAUGUUUUCACAUCAUUGCAAAAAAGCACAGCCAACUUUAUGUUGAUUCUUGGAUCUAUAAUGUAUAAAGAGAUGAGAGGCUUUCUGCAUAUGACAUGAACCACUGGCUCUCUGAAAACGAGACCUAGUCAAGUCACAGAUCAUUGGACCAUUGAUAAAAGCCAAGGUGGGGAAUGGUUCCCAUUAUCUGGCUUACCAGCUUUGAAGUGCUCCAUCAAAGCGGGGUAGAAAAUUCAAUCACUGAAGGACAAGGUAUCCUUUGUUUGAAAAGAUGUUCAUGGUAUUCACAUGUUGAUGGGAAUUAUUCUUUACCUAUUGCACGGAAGCUGUUUUGUGGAUUUCUCUCUGUAGCAAGGCUGGGACUGCAAAACAAUUUUGUAUGAGGACUGAGAUGGUUUUUUUUUUAAAAAAACAAGAACUUUAUGCAGUUUUACCAUCAAAUUAAGAUCCAACACAUCAGAUGACUUACUGUUAAAAGGGCAUUUCCUUCUGUAAAAGUAACGUGGUUUUACUAUCAAACUGUCAGAGGUCACAUCAUUGGUUUGAUAUAAUAAUUAAUAACUUGUCUUGUAAAGUUUGGUCAGAUUAUGAUGCACCUAUUGUUAGCCUUGAUUGCACUGUCUUUGUGGAGUAUAUAAAGUGCAUUAAGCAUCUCAGUAUUGUAUAUAAAUGUGACAUUUUCAAUCAGAAUGCUAACCAGUAAAAAGAAAGGACCAUUUUUUGGCAGCCUGUAACAAUGUUUGAAAAAGAAAUGUGCAAAUGCUUUAUGAAUUCCCUUUACCUCCCCUAGUUUUCUCAGCCAACUCUCCUGAAGGUGAGAUACCCGUCUGGGUCUCAAAACUUUAAACAAUAUUUUAGGACUAUUCCACAAUGAUGGGGAUCACACACAGUCACGACCUUCCCUAAUCUGACCUCUGUAAACGCAGAGUGCAACCCAGACCCAGACCAAAGCUGAACAUAGUUUCCCUUGGUGUCUCUGCAAAGAAUAGUUUGCAACCAAUUGUUAAACUGUGCCCCUUCCCACCCAUUAAGACAGAAGACCGUCCUUACUGUCCCUCCUGCAGGUAAAAUAAAAUGCAGCCAGAAUAAAAAGGUGGGGGGGAGGGGGAGGAGCACACGCAGGCAGGGGAUAGGUGAGUCCAGGUGAGGGGGGGAAUGUAGGUGGGUGGGGGUGAAGGGAGUGACCUACCUUUUUAUUCUGGCUUCUGCCCUCUUCCUUUCCAGUCCUGAUGAAGGGUCUCAACCUGAAAUGUCGACUGUUUAUUUCCCCUUCAUGGACGCUGCCUGACCUGCUGAGUUCCUCCAGCAUUUUGUGUGCGUUGCUCCAGAUUCCAGCAUCUGUAGAAUCUGUGUCUCCAUUUAACUGACCUGCUCUAUCUUCAUGGGCAGAUGUUGACACCACCGUUACCAGUGCUCCCUCCACUGGUGAGGGGGCAUUAUUGUCUGUUCGAAGAAACAAGUCCUCUUGCUCUGCAUUCAGUCGUACCACUUUGUUCUCUGACAGUCAGCCAAUUGACAAUGCCAAGGUGACAUUAUUAUAGUGACUGUCAUUUGAGAUCUAGUGCAUGAAGUCCAACUUUCUGUUACUUCUCACAAUAAUAAGCAAAAUGACUCCUUUGCAAAAAAAAAAGUGCAUGCACGAGUCUAAAGGAGAUUCUUUGGCAGAGCUUUUUUGAUAUCCAAGAUCACUGGUUUGAACAAGAAUUAUUGUUCAUAUCACAAAAAUACAUCAUGGAAUCUAACUUUCAUUGGUAUAUGGACAGAGAGAUCAUUAUUAUACUGGAUUGUUUGAGCUGUGAACUGCUCCCCUCAACCACACAGUUGAUAUUAUGGGAUAUGCCUAAAGUAGAAUCAAAACAGCUCAAUUUAUCAACAUCAAAUCCCAUUCUCCACAACUAGUUUGUCGUGCCUUCAAAUUAGACAUUAAAUCAUGAGUGUGUAAUGGCUUUACCGCACCCUCUUGUUCAGGUGAUUCCAGAACAGGCCCUCCACUCAAUUCUCCCACAAGAGAUUACCAGGAGGACAGAAGUCAUUCCAGGAUGCAGUAAAAGCCUCUCUGAAAAUUUGUGACAUUCCCACCAACUUGUGGGAAUCCCUGGCCCACAACUGCACCAAGUGGCGGGACACUGGAGGAGGUACUGAGAACCUCGAGUUUCUUUGUGAGCACACAGAAGCUUACAAGCAGCAGAGGGUCUACCCACCCACUCAGUCAAACACUUACUGCCUCAUCUGUGGAUCCCACAUUGGCCUCAUCAAUCCCCUCAGAACUCCAUCAUCCUCAACCCUUAGGGGCUGGCUAUGAAGAUAUUCAUUCCCAGUACUCAUUUACAGUCCAUCACUCGGAGAUACAAACCAGCAAAAAUAAAUCAAGACAAUUUUUAGUAAACCAUGAUGAACAUCACAGAAUGCUUUACCCACAGAAUUGCCAACAUCCACAGUGAACUUCUGUGAAUGGUAUCGAGGGGUGAACUGUCAAUUUUAAAUAACACGACUGGAGAAUCUGUACAUUCCUCCAGGUGCAUGAGAUAAGCUAGGGUGGAUAUAGCCUUUUGUAAUCACAUCUCUCAUGUUGUUCCUUGCUGCUGGUCUUAGUUCAUAGGCAUGGAACUGCAAUGCUACAGAAGGCAUGCAGCCCCAGAAUCUGUGCCAGCUCCAGGUACAGCAUCCCACCAAUUCCAUUCCUCUGCUCUUUUCCCAUUGCCCUGAAAAUUCUCUCUCAUACAUGCAUCCAAUUCCCAUUUAAAGGCCCUGUUUCAUCCAGUUUCCACCAUCUCCAAGUUCCAGAUUCAAACUUCUUAUUAAUUUAAAAGUCUUCCCUCAUAUUCCCUCAUACAUUUUACUCGAAGUUAUGAAUCUACGAUCCCUGGUCCUUGGAUCGUUGACUUGUGGGGGCAGCUUCUCUCGACUUACACCAAUCUUGUUCAAUUUCCUCUUAACUUCCUUUACUCCAGUGAGAACACUAGCUUCUCCAAACUUUGCGGCUGAGAUUCACCCAUCCCUGGGACCAAUCGAGCAAUUUUUUUUCUCCAGAGCCUUCACAUCCUUCCUAAGACGUAGCAACUAGAUUUGAAUGGAUGGCCCAGAACUUUGUGUGACUCUGUAACAAAUUAUCUCCAAAGCAUUGUGACAAGAUUGCUAAUGCACGGGCCUCUUCAAAUGGGCAUCCUAGAAACCUGAUCUUAAACCCUUCAGUUCUGCAAGGCAAUAGGCAACAGUAAACCUGGGAAAAGCAUGAUAUUGAUAUUGCUAUCACCAACAUGGACAUAAUCAAAACUGGAUAAAAACCCAUCACCAAACAGUCUGAACAUAUUGAAUCAGCACAAACAGCAAUCUUUAAAAUAUCAGAUAAUUAAAAAUGCAUUUCUCAUCCAGAGAGAUAAUUGAAUCAAAUAUAUGAAAAGAAAUUGAAUAUAUUCCACUGCACAGUAGGUGCUUGUUAAUGGUCUUUGAAUGGUUUCAAACUGUGAUUACAAUAGGCUUGAAAAAUGGACACCAUCUCUUUAAAGGAAUGGUCAUUUUUAUAUUUGUGCUCUUCAGUCAUUUUAUACCUCUUGCCUUCAACAGGCUCCACAGUACCUGUCUAUUAUCGUAACCGUCCAUGUUGUUUAUAAGCAGCAGGAAUCUGCGGAUGAUAAGAAUGCACACGGUAAUUUUGUAAAAAAAACACACAUAGCGAUUUUAAUAAGAAUCCUGUUAACGGCACAGACACGGCUUGUAUUUGCAUGGACUUGUAAAAUUCAACUAAUAAAAAUAUCGGCAGUAACUGCCUGUUCAUUCUCCAAGUAAACUUGAAUUAUUCCAAAUGGUCUACAUUCUUAAUCCUCGUUGGGUCUUCUCUGCACAGCUUCAGUGGACGGGACAGCUUUCCCUGUUUCUGAGCGGAACAGGAUUGAGUGGUGAGAUUUCAAAUUAGAAGACAGUUCCGUUCAAUAUACAAAGUAAAUCUUUAAUAAAAUCUUUAUUUUCCAUGUUCCCACAACAAUCUUUAUAUUAGUUAGAAUUUGUAUAUAUAUAAUACAAGACAGCUGGAAGCAGAAAACCAGGAUAUGCAAAUACAUUCACAGAAAUGUUACUCCAUUGCUGGCAUGCUUAGAAUAGUGAAAGGUACUGUGCAAUAGUAGAGCGAACUUUCAGUUCUUGUGAGGGGGAAGGUAGGAGGGGGAAGCACAAGGCAUCACUUUGUCUGAUACUGAAUGCUGAGCUGGUCCCAGGCAGUUCCCGACACAAACGCUGCCGAAAGGUCAAGUGCUAAUACAGAAACAAAACUGAGUCACAGAGCAAAGCACGAGCGUGGCUCACGAACACUUGCAGAUGAAGCCCUGUGCAACAAUGGGAGUGAGUAGCCCUGAGUGGCACUGGGGCUGGAGAUGAGAGUGCCACAGUGGUUCAAAAGUCAAUGGCCACUGGUUUGACCACAGUCCUUGCCAACCCAGACUCAAGUCAGUGAGCUGCCCGAGUGAACACAUCAGGAGCAAAUCAACCUAGUGAACAGGAAACCCCACAUAACAGCAAGCAGAAACGGGAAGGUGUUUUGGAAAAAUAGCUUUGUGUAUUCAAAAAAUAAAAUUUAUUUCCAAUUUAGCACAAGGCUAACCUUUAAAAUCCAAUAAAAUAAACUAGUGAAUACUUUGCGAUAGGCCAACAUUUCUUCCAAUGACUCAACAUUUCCAACCAACUACCCAAAUGAGGUUGUGGUACUGUAUAUAAGGUUAAUAUAAAACUGUCCUCUACCCCGAGUUAUUAACUCCACCUUAAACCCCUUCUCCAGCUUACAGUACACCUCCCAUUUGGAGCCAUGUCCUGGUUAUGCACUGAACUAUGGCUACCCUUCAAUGGUCUAAAAAAAAAUAACAAAAAAGUUAAUUCUCUCUUUUAAAUCACACAGUUUAUACACAGGAAUUUGUUCUCCUAAACAAAGCAGCCUCAUAAAAAUAGCACAAAUUAGCUUUAUAUUAAUAUAUUCAUUUCUGUAGAUAUAAUACAUUAAAGCUGCAUUCUCACACUCAUUAUGAAUUCCAUCAGCAUCCAAUUUAAUCCCCUUGUUCAUUAUCAGUUAAGAUGCAAGCUGCCAGUUAGUUAUUGGUGGUGGUACAGAACUCAACACUUUCAUAUCAAUGCUGCUUCAAUCCAGACUGGCAAGGGGUGGGUUGGAGGGGGAAGAACAGUGUCCGGGAACCAUCCCCAGGACUGACACUACUUAAUCCCUACAGAAAAUUGGCGCAUUCAACAACACUGCAAUGUCCCGGAAUCCUAAUUACUCAUCAGUAGGAUUUUGAAGUUUGACUGCAAUUUGAAGGGUGUCUUUAUAUUACAGAUGGAGGGUGAGCUCAGCCAGGCACUCACUCCAAAACACGUAGCAACCUGACUCCCAGACUCUUUCACCCACUGACACGUGGCUGGCAGAGACGAACUUCUGAACUGAAAGUGGGUGGAGCAGGAAGGGGCAAUGGGCGAGGUGAGGGUGCAUGGUGGGCACAAAGUGCAGCAGUCUGCACAAUACAUAACUACCACACCAGUUGGGGAAACCACUGUGACUGCACAGUUCAUUACACUUCAAAUACUGCUGGCGAUUUAACUAAAUAUAAACAGGGAAUACAAUCAGUUUGAAAGAAAGCAGUGACUUUAUGUAAAAUAUAACACCCACCAAAAUUUUAGUAUUACAAUCCCAAAUGCAGUAACAGGCAUCGUCUCAGAGCCCAUGUAAUUUGUAGAACAGCAGAAGGAAGGGAAUUUACUUUGCAACCUUGAUCCUGUUUAAUACAUUUACAGCACUAACUCUCGACUCCUAAACUAACUCUUGCAACAGGAUAAAAGGUCAUAAACAGGCGUCAGUGAACUACUGACGAGGCGUCUCUCCUCCUGCCCCUCCCCUCCUGCAACCACUGCCCCUUGAUCAGCUUGAACCAUUCUCCAUAACCUCCCCCCACCAC